UAAAUUUCAAGUCAAUGAACAUUUUUAUAAUUUAAAUUUUAUAACAGAAAACAUGCGCAUCUGUAACGUGGCAACUCUAAGUUCCAAUUGCGCGCUCUCGCUUGCUUGCGCUCCCGGUUUUAAGCCAACUUCAAUUUCAGUUACCAACAAACACUCGACGCGGCCAAAAGUGAAUUACACUCCGUCAGCUCAACUGAUCGCGUAUGAGAGAAAAGAAAACUCUCGAUUCAGCUGGCAUAGAAAAAGUGUCAAGUUGUUGGAAAACAUUUCGUAUGUGAACUUUGCCAAAAAAGACAAAUAAUAAAGCCAUCCCAUUGCAAGUGUUAUUUUCAUUUGAUGUAAAUGGUUGAGUGCCUUAAAACGAAACUUCGCUGGUUUUUUGGGCAAUUCAAGAGACACCAACAAGGUUGACUGAACUUGCUGCUAGGUAUGUACCCAAUAAACAUAUGUUUGUAAGUCACUUCGUGACCGUUCGUCGCUAUGUAUGCAAGAAUGUGUGUGUGUGCACACAUGCAUUGCAGAUGCUCGCCUAUAUGUGCGUGUGUGUGUGUGUGAACUCCAACCGGAACGUAGUCCGAGCUUUUCCUUUUCACUUCACUGAAAGUGUCAUGUAGAGUACAGCACAUGAAGAGUCUUAAUAAAAGUGUAGAUUUAUAGCGUGUGAAUGUGUUUUUUCUUUUCUUGUACUAUAUUGUACCUUCUACAUUAGGCUCGAUUUCUUUUUUUGUUGUAGAUGUUGUUCUGGUACAACAAAUUUGAACCCAGUUUAACGAACUUAACUAUACAUGUUUUUAGCCAUUUCAGACAUUUUCUUGGGCAUGAAAAGGAUGUCAUCAAAAUAUGAUAUCAGCUCGGAGAAUUGAUUCGCUGAGGAUCCCGAUGCAGAUUCGUCUAUUUCACACAUGACAUUAUCGCACUCGUUUAACAUCUCAUUCAUGUUGUAGUUGGGUCUUAUUGCUUUCUUUUCUGCGACAUUUCGUCGACUCCAUGUGGUGACGUUUGCCACUUCAGUCAAGUUAGAUUCCAACCAGUCUUUGCCCUUUAAAUUGGUCUUAUUCUUCAGUUGAUGCAAUAUUGGUUUUGUCAGUAGCGUGCGCUUCUUUACACGCCCAGAUCGUUUUUCCCAGAGGCUGAGAUCGGUGGCUUCAUAUGAUGUAUACAAUGGAUUCGAAGUGAUUUCUUGAGAUGGUAUACAUUUUUUGGGGGUCAGAUUGGAUGGUAGAACGUUCGCUUGGUUAAGCAUGCAGGCCAGUUCCUGAUCACUAUCCUCAAACAUGGUAUCUUUUGGGUUUCUUUUUUAAGGGAGAAUGGUUUUACAAAGAAUUUGCUGUGUGUGUCGUCAGAGCUAGAAAAAGUACUUCCGCAUUGCUCAUCAUAAUUGUCUAUGGAAAUAACUAAGAGAUAGUAACGUCGAACGAAACAACAACAAAAAUAGAAUGUCUUCAGAUCGAUUUCACAAAGCGGCCAAGGAUGGACUGAUCGAUGUGCUGAAGGAGGCGACACGCAAGGAUGCCAAUGCCAAGGACGAUGAUUCAAUGACUCCCGUGAUGUGGGCGGCAUUCGAGGGACGCCUCGACGCUCUUCGUUUGCUGUGUGGCAGAGGUGGGGAUCCCGAUAAGUGUGAUCAGUUUGGCAAUACGGCACUGCACUUGGCCGCUGCCAAGGGUCAUUUGCACUGCGUCGAUUUUCUGAUCAAGUUUGGUGUCAACAUUUAUGCCCUGGACAUUGAUCGGCACAAUGCCAAGGAUCUGGCGGCCAUCAACAAUCGGGAUGAGAUCUUGCGCUAUUUGGACGGUGCCGCGGCCAACUUCGAAACUAAUGAAAAAAAAAAGGCGAAGGCGCUAAAGGAGCUGGCUGAAAAGGAGUGCGAAAAGCGUGUUAAGGAAUACAUGAAGCGACAGCAGCAGCAGCGUCAAGGACACGGCGAUUACAGCGAUCCAAAGCCGAGCAGUGCUCAAACGUUAACGAGCAGCAAGUCCAGCAAUAUGCUUUCGACACUUAAGCAAAAGAUCUGGUCCAGUCAGGGCAAUCUGAAUAAAACCCCCAAGGAGCAGCCAGCAGCUGCUGCUGUUGCGCCUCCGCAGCCACCACGCAGCGGAGCCAAGUUCAGUGAUCUGGUGGGCAGUGGAAGCAGCAGCAGCGGUGGCUCUACAAUUGCUAGUCGCAUGGGUACAGUUCAAAAGAAGCCUUCACUACUACAACCAGCAGCCAAGAGCCACCAACACUCCAGCGCAUGUCCACAUGCGGCGGCAGCUAAUGAUGGUGGCUUCAAGGUGCGCGAACUUGAGCCGGAUGGCAAAAGAACAAUCACAUCGCUGACGGGAUUGCAACGAGACUCGGAGGUGCUCUAUGUGGGCACAUUUAGUUCGACGGAAGAGAGUAUUGGCAAGCGUGGCAAGAUCGCCGAUGUCUUCGAGGUGGACGAUGGCACAAUGGAGCGCGAAACCAGUCGAUUGGGUUAUAGCACCGCGUUGUCACGCAGUUUUUCCCAGCCGGAUAUACUUGGCGAUACACAGCUGACUCAAGAACUAAACGAAGAGUUGGUGCUGCAGCGUCCAGUGGGUCUCUUUGAUCGCCCCACAAUGCUGGGCAGCAUUGCAUUUAGACGAUCGGUGACGGCAGCGUUGAGUCAGCUGCAAUUGCAAACAGAUUGUGUGGACAGUAUGUCCGGUUCAACAAUGCGAAAUGCUGCCAAUACUAACAGUAAUAAUAACAAUAAUAAAUCGCGAAAUGGCGGCAACAAGGCGCGUUUGUAUUUGAAUCUGUCCGAUGAAUCGGACUCGGAAGGCGAUGGCGAUGAUAUUUACAGCGACGACGACGAGGAUCAGGAGGUUACGGCAAGUGCGCUGCAGCGAUUCCUUACCGUCUGGGCAUUGGAUGAGUACCUGCCAGUUUUUCAGAAGCAGCAAAUCGAUUUAGAGACACUUAUGCUCCUCACAGAGGCGGAUUUGAAGAGUCUAGGCUUACCCCUGGGACCCUUUCGCAAGCUAACCUUUGCUAUACAGGAACGACGAAAUGCUCUCGCCAAUCCCGGACCCAUGGUCGACAGUAGACUGUAGUUAAAUCAUUAUAAAAUAGAGCUUUAAUCGAUGUACAACAAAUAGAACUACAAACUAAUUAAGUUUAACAACAUAAAGCCUAACUGGCAACCUGUUGCAUCAUAUAGAGAUUGGCAUAGAUGCCAUUCAGUGCCAUCAGAUGAUCAUGUGUUCCCUGCUCCACCACAACUCCCCUCUUCAGCACACAUAUCAGAUCUGCAUCUCGGACAGUGCUGAGGCGAUGUGCAAUCGUGACACAUGUGCGUCCAGCGCGCGCCUCGUCGAGUGCCUGUUGCACCACCUUCUCGCUCUCCAAAUCCAGCGCCGAUGUCGCCUCAUCCAAUAUCAGAAUCUUGGGAUUACGCACCAACGCUCGUGCAAUGGCAAUGCGCUGCUUUUGGCCACCCGAGAGUUGUGACGUCUUGCCCAGACGUGUUUCGUAGCCCUGUGGUAGGGAGCUGACAAAAUUAUGUAUAUUGGCCUUCUUGGCCGCCUCGAUGAUCUCCUGCAUGGGCACAUCAUCGCGGAAAUUGUUGCCAUAAGCAAUAUUCUCGGCUAUGGUGCGAUCGAAGAGCACCGGCUCCUGAGACACCAAUCCCAGUUUGGAGCGUAUCGUGUCCAGCGGAAAGUCCGUGCUGGGUACGCCACUCAAAUUAACCGAACCAGAGACGGGAUCGUAGUAACGCAGCAGCAGCUGUAUGCAAGUGGAUUUGCCAGAGCCAGAGGGACCCACCAGAGCCACAGUGGUGUUCUUCUUGAUGGUGAGAUUCAAGCCGUGCAGGAUGGGUGUAUCCUUGCGCGUCGGAUACUCAAAUUUGACGUUCUCGUAGACAAUGUCUCCCUCGGAUUUCUACAAUAAAAAAUAGAAUAGAUUAGUGAACUGGUAGAUGCUUUUGGACACAUGACAGCAGAGCCAUAUUAAGAUAGAGCAAGAAAGUGGAAAGUUUUCAAGUUAAUUAUACGUUUCUAAGCAUUUUUUCGAAAAGUCUAAAGUUAAUACGUUAUCCCAAUUUGAGCUUAGAAAAUCCUUUUUCCGAACUAAACUUAUACUUACUUCUGCGGUGUUGUAAGGAUUGAGAGGUGGAUUAGAUUGCGUCGGCGUCUUCUCAAACAGUUUCAUUAGACGUCCAGCCGAGAUGAUGGCAUCGUUGACAUUGGGCGCAUAGGCCAAGGCCUGACCCAACAU